CUAGACAGUACAGAGAAAUCUGAACCCUCCCUCCCUCCCUCUCUCUGUACAUCUCAUCACUUUAUCACUAGGAUCUCGAUCGGCCGGAGAAUCGCAACAGAGGGGUCAUUGGUCAGGCAAGAAAAACAGACCAUGAACACUCAGGGGCAAGUUGUGAGGUAUGCAAGAGGCGGUAGGCGAAGGAAGGAAGUGCUAAAUGUGGAUCUCAAUGUUCCUCCCCCAGUUGAAAACCAGGAGCAAGUUGGAGGGCCAGCUGUUUCUGUGGCUCAGGGUGGACAAGGUGGGGUUCCGGCUAUUCUAGUAGCUCAUGGUUGGCAAGGUCAUCAACCAGCAGGAUCCACACAACCUGCACCAAUUGAUGUUGAGGAAUUGGAUGAUGAUGUCAUUAUAUCCUCCCCAAGGGCAUUUGAAGAAGCUAAAAACAAAUCACGAAGAAGCCGGAGAACUUUGGUGGUUGAUGUGGAAUCUGAAGGAGGUGCUGUUAGGCUUGGUCUUAAUCAGGGGAACAAGCGAAGAAGAGGUUCUGCAAUUCCACCAGUUAUCAAUUGUGAGCGCUACGUGAAUUUAGAAGGAAGCAGUGAUUCUAUGAGAGGGAGAGCACAUCACAUUGUUGUGCCACCGCCACCUCCACCACCACCGAAGGAUCCGACCUUCAGCUGUCCUGUUUGCAUGGGACCGUUAGUUGAGGAGGUGACGACAAAGUGCGGUCACAUUUUCUGCAAGGCAUGCAUCAAGGCUGCAAUAAAUACUCAGCCUAAAUGCCCUACUUGUAGGCGGAAAGUUACUAACAAAGAUAUUAUUAGGGUUUAUCUCCCUACCACCAAAUGAGUUUCAGGUGUACGGCAUACUCAUAGACACCGCUAGUUCGUGUGUCGAUAAAUGUAAAGGAGAUCUCGAGCCUAAUUAGUAGCGAAAGCAGGAGAUUUGAUUUCGGUUUUUUUUCUCUCUAUCUUCUGUUUCUGUUGUUUUAAGAAGGGGGGGUGGGGGGUAGGAAGGUAGGAGGAAUCUGAACUUGUUCUCAAAAUGUUUUUGCUGGAUCACAGUAGUUGUAUUUGGUCAACUGAAGGUUGCUUUGGUCUUCUUGUGUCUCUGGUAAUCUGUGCAGUUAAUUAGUCUUUUAAUUGAAUCAAGAUUUG